UUAUUAUCACAUUCUCAGGUGGAAGAGAUCAGAUGGUUGCUACUCGCUUUAAUUGACCUUUUCAUUUCAAUGCGCCUUCCGAGUGCAGGUUUUUACAUAUCUAUGGCAGCAGAAGAGGGAGCCGCUGCUGCUGCGUGUCUAUUUAUAGAAACAACACAUGUGCUUCUGACCGGAAAGCUGCAGAGUUUACUCCAUAACUGAGCCUCUACUUCAACAACAUUUUAGAAAAUAAAAUCUGUGGAACAUUUCUGUCACUUCUGCUCUUUUCUUGGUUCUUCCACAUUGAGCAGAGCCAGUGGGAACGGUGUUUGUUUCAGUGGCUUUGGGGGUUUAAAGAGGAGCCAAACUCAAGAGACGUUUCACCAUGAACCGGGCCUGGGCUUCAUUUCAGGCUCACCCGUACAUCAGCAACGUUCUGGGGUACACGGCGCUGUUUGCCUCGGCGGACCUCAUCCAGCAGAGAGUCCUGGGUAGAAAUCCCGCCCUGGCGUCCGAGCGGUCCGCAGGGAUCGACUGGCAUCAGACGGCUCGAGUGGCAACUGUGGGCCUGUGUUUCCACGCCAACUUCAACUACCACUGGCUGCGAGGGCUGGAGAGGAUGGUGCCCGGCGGCGGGCUGCGGGCCGUAACGAGGAAGGUGGUGCUGGAUCAGCUGGUUGCUGCUCCGGUUACCAUCAGCGCUUUUUAUAUCGGUUUAAGCUUUUUAGAAAACAGAGACGACCUACUUGAAGACUGGCGACAGAAAUUCUGGACGUCUUACAAGGCCGGAGUGGUGUAUUGGUCAACGAUGCAGGCUGUGAACUUUGCCUUUGUGCCCCCUGUGGCUCGUACUGCGUUUGUGGGAGGAAUCGCUCUGACUUUCACCAUCUUUCUGUGUCAUCUCAGACAGCAGCGCGGACACAAAACUGACUAAACCUCAGACAUUCAUGUUUAGGAUACAUAUUGUAAAAUACUGGCAUUAACUGAAGCUCAUUUAAAGGGAAGGUUAUAUGUGAAAACUCUGAAAGAAUAACAUUCACAGGUCUGUGAAUCAGAUGAUCGUCUCCUUCCAAGUGAUCUGUUUACAAAUAUUAAAUAAAUGAAUGCAUAAAUGCCUGAUCUUUACUGUUUUUGUGGCUUUUAAAUCUAGUAAACAUGAGUUCAUGCACCCUC